AUGGGGCAAACCCUUGGCCAUAUGGAGUCUGAUGCUAGAUCCGUAAGACGAGUUCUUCAGAAUAUCGACUCCAACCCCUCAACGUCGAAACGUAAAAUUCAAAAAGCAGCCAGUGAUGAGAUCGGUGGUCUCUUUGAUGUGAUCUGUUCAAGCCAUGACUUCAGUUAUCUGGCCAACACACAAGUAUUCUGUGAAGCCGGAAAUGACGACGUGACCUGUUUCGCAUUCCUUCACACGUUGAUCCAAUAG